CAGUGAUCGCCGUUCUCCAGUAACGGAGGCUCGUAAUCUUCUGACUGAGCUCUAGAAAACGUGAUGUCCGCCAUCAAAUGAGCCCGUAGCGGCGGAGGGGGAACCUCGCUCGCUAUAAAAACGGGUCGCGCACGUACCACGGCAGUCACUCGCUGACCGGAGAGCAGGGAAGUUCUGUUGCACUUCGUUCGUUUCUUGUCUGUGGUGAGUUGCGACAAGCGCCAUUCGAACGAGCAAUUGAAGUUUAAUUGUUGAAAGAGUGCGUCUUCUCCGUUCAACUACUCGUUUCGACGUAUGUUUGAACUCGCAGGAAGUUAGCAGACAACCGAAACGACGAUUACGGAAUAAGACGCCAGUGAACAAUUUGUGUUUGGUGACCGUGAUUUGGUUGUCGUAUAGAGGAAAAUUCACCAAAAUGUGUAUCCCAUCUCGCGCUGAUGAGAGGAAUGCCGUUGAAGUGCGGUCAGGGUUGGAUCAACAACAAAUUAGGAACCAGAAGAAGAAAGCAAUUCAAGAACAUCAAGCCAUCAUGAAAAAUGAUCCUGCAUUGGCUGAAGUAGCAUCAAAAGCAAAUUAUCACAUCAAACAAGAUAUAUUGGCCAUAUCCACGGCAUACUACAAAUUAGUUCUAAAUGCCUUGUCAGAUUUGGCUACCAAGUUCCAAGAUUCAAAAAUGUACAG